AUGGUGUACUACGAAUCCAUGGAACCUGAGCACAGGACCUUUUGGCAGCAAGUAAAGUGGUCAGUCAUCGUGACGACUAUAAUUGUAGUAGUUUUUGUUAUUCUUUUUUUCCUUUGCUGGGGAACAUCGGGGUAUGCGAGCAUUGCCUAUGCCGAAUAUCAAGUAUUAGGCAAUCCGGCCAGCAGUUUUAGUACGGUAACUGAAUUUAGUGUUACCUCACGUAAUGCGACCCUUAGAUUUAGAGUGUCAUUGUUUACAUACUUUGUCGCCCUUACAUGUGUAAUUGGGUGGAUACUGUUUUUUCUUUUUGGAGGUGUAGGCUUAGCGGCGAUGCCGAUUGAUUAUAUCAUGUUUUUCUACAACCGUCCGAAACCUAUUACUGCCGCCGAGUAUGCCCUUCGUAGAGCUGAAAUUGCACAAGAAUCGCAACGUCUCAUGGAAAAUGGGAAAAAAAUCGAAGAAGAAGAGCACAUUGGUCAUUUGGGUAGGAGACAUCGUGAGAAGGUGCUUGCAUUUAAACAGCAGGUACGCGAGUUGGAAUCGUACCAUAGUAAGGUUGAGACUUCCUAUCGUGAAAAGGGCGGAGAGGUGAUAAAAGGAUACCUUUACCUUUUCUUGGGUAUAGUGUUUGCAUCAAUGUCAUUUAUGUGGUUAUUGCAGAUGAUAAUUCAUAACAUGGCUCAUGCUCAUCCGUUUCUCAAUAAUAUGUUUCGUGGGUUAGACAAAGCAUUUAUGUUUUUUGGCGUUUUAGCGUACGGAUGUUUUUCUUUCUAUUUACUCUGGUGUGUCGUGAAAGGUUGCAUUAAAAUUGGAGGCAAUUUGGUACUGUUUCAGAUUUACCCGAUGGAACCUAAUGGUACAUUUAUGAACGCUUUUCUUUUUAAUGCUAUGCUAAUCAUGAUUACUUCCAUGAGUGUCGUGCAAUUUUGUACUGUUAGCUUCGCAGAAUACGCUGCCAAUACAAAUAUUAGUGCAAUGUUUACGGUUUAUGUAGCAAAUAUGCAGGGUAUAAAGUAUGUUGUGAUGUAUUUGCAGUAUCCCCUGCUUGUCAUCGCCUGUCUAUCUAUCGCUUGGCUUCUCAUUUGCCCAAGACGGCGCGUCAAUGAUGAUUAG